UUAAUUUUGAACAAAGGUAAAUGGUAUGAAGACUUUAAGAGAUUCAAGAGCUCAAUUUAUUCAGGAUUAGAAUCAUUUAGAAUGUGAAUAAGAGGGACAGUGUAAUUGUAAUUCUUUUCAAAAUCGAUUCGAUCUAAGUCUUGUAUUAUUUUCCCUUAAGCUAUUCGAAUUACCGCGCUGAACGAAAGCAGACAUGUGCUGCCACCUAGCGGGAAACUAGCAGUAAUCAGUGAGCAGCUGUUGAUCGAAUAUUGUUAAAUAAAUUAAAGUAACUUACGCUUGCCUCUGAGUGAAGACGUACUCGAGAUAUCUGACAGUUCAAACGCCAAUUAAGUACGGUAUAAUCAGAACAGAGAACAAUUUAUGACUCUACAAGGAAGUCUGCUAACUAUAGAAAGAAAUGUAUUGAUUAAAAAGAAAUGAAGGAUUGAAAGUUUGUCUCUUUCAAGAGUUAACGCCAUAACGAAAGGAUACGUCUCAAAGAAAAUCCAUGGUGUAAUCGAUCACAUCGCGGAAGAAUCUUCCAUCGAACAUUCGUGUCCGAACAGAGGACGAGAACGUUAGUGCUUAGCAACUGUUGAAAUCUUCUUUUUGUUACUAAUUCUACUGGUGGCAUUUAACUAAUUAAACUGAACGAAGGUGAAGAAGGUAUUCGUACAAAAAAGGAUUUCAAUCGACGGGAUUUCGAAACUAGGAACAAAGUUUAGAAAUCGCUACAAAAUGAGUUGCAGGAAAUCAGUAUCCAAGAAGGCGCCAAGGAAAUCGCCUUCUUGUUGCGGGGGUGGGCGACGUCGUUCCGAGAGCACCAGCUCGAUCUCCAGCUCUUCAGAAUCCUCCUAUACAUCAGACUAUUCUGAUAGCUGCGAGUGUUCGGACUGCGAAUGUUAUGACUGUGAUAGUACGCCACAGAGACGAAGAGGCAAAGGAAAGUCGAAAAAACGAAACGUACGAUCGAAGUCGGGUAGAAACACUUGCAGUUCGCGGACGUCCAAAAAGAAGACAUCUCGCCGAAGUAAAAGACGUUCGUUGUCGCCGUGCACGUGUUCCGACUGCGACUGCUCGGAAUCCUACAGCAGCGAAGAGUGUUGCAACUACGCGACAAGCAAGCAACGCCGUAAAACGAAAGCUUAGGUCUAGUUUACUUUAUAAUUUAUAUAAUAUUAUUUAUUAUUUGUUACUCUCUAUACGCCGAUAAGCGGUCACUUAUUUCGUCGAUUUUUAAACCCUAACCUAAAUGAUUUUAUACCUAUAACAUUUUUUAGCGGUUCUUAUAAUUGUAAGAGAGUUAGCUACAAGCGAGAAGUAAAUAAAAAUGGAAGACAUUGUAAGGCGAAAAAUAAAACAUCCAACAGAUGAACUCAAAGGUUAUUUUUGUGUCACACGUUUCAGGGAGAUCAAAUAACUCGAUCCAGUUAACCGUUUGAAUUUGACGAACGAUGUUACGAGGACAACGAAUCGAUCGUAGAUCCUCGAACAGCGUUUCUUGCCACCAUAAUUUACCGUUAACGACAAUUUAGCUCGUUGCACCGUCGGUUACGACACGCUCGAGCAGCUGCGUUGGGCAAGAUAACUCUGUUAAAGGUCCCCGUCCAGUCACAUUGUUUGGAAUCUAGGUGGGAGUGUAGUUUGCGGUUAGAUAAUGGCAACGCGUCCAGCAUAUAAUUAUCGUCUUAGUUGCGCCGUAUAAUAUAUCAUUCCUUUGCCCCUUAUUCGCCUCCUGCGAACGCAAUCGAACACCAGCAUUUCUCUCGAUCUCGUUUCGUCAUCGACUUCGCGUUUCAACUUGUUCGAUUAGGUCAAUGAUCUUCACGAAAUUCUCCAUUUACAUUAAUUCACAACUGAACUACAAUUUCUCUCAAAUUCUUCUCAGAGGAAUUUUUCUCAAAUUCUCUAAUCUUAAAAUCUUAGGUUAUAUUUUUCCACUGUAGGCACUUGGCCUUCCUACUUAUCACCCGUUACGAAAUCCAUGUUAUGGUCAAAGGGAAUCUUCCACAGAGUACAGAAAUACAAAGAAUGACGUUAACAAAGGAUUACGAAGAUGCAAAAAUAUAAAAAUUUAUUUCUGUGGAUCCGAAAAUGAUGUUCACGUGCCGGCCACCGUGGUUACGGGGUAACUACGUAAGAAUAAUUCCAUUUUCAGAGGUAUCGCCAGCUUAACGUGACCGGUGUCCACGUGGUAGCGAGCACGUGUACGGGGCGCGCGACUGUUACAUAAGCGCCGGCGCGGGCCGACUCCGACCGAACGUGGCCGAGCGUACCCGAGUCGUACCGCGCCACGUUCAAUCUACACUCGUUUUUUCUACUCGCUCUUUCUUUUCGACUUGCUCGCUUCUUUCUGUAUUAACGGAAUGCAAGAGUUCUAACGAAUCGAAGGUUUUUGUCUGUUAUGUAACUUUCUGCAACAUUGUUUAAUAUUAAAUCUUUAAAUAAUUGUUUAAUUUUUAAUCUUUAGGAGAUUUUUCUGUAGGAAAAGAAAUAUCGAAUAUAAAGUUCCAACGUACAAAAUGGAGUAAAAUGAAUAUUUUUUAAAGAUAGAUUUUUCAGAGUUGCACGUUUAAAGUGUGUCGAGAAAUACGAACAGUUUGAUACAUGCCUAUUUAUAGGAGCAAAGAUUCAUUACGCGAGGCUCGCGUUUUGCGCGUAUCAGCUCGUUUCAACAUUGUGCAACAACGUAACGCAAUAUUUUUCUCUCAUUAACCAUGUAAACAUGCGUUUCUAUGCACGUGCACGUACUAACUAGAAACUGUUUUUACCCUUUUUAGCGUUCUUUCGUCUUCGUCAAUUAUCUUUUUAAUUAUAAAGUAGGAGUUAAAAAUAUCUUGGAAUAAAUGAUUAAAAAUGUUUAUAUGUUUGAACAGAGGAGUAAUUUUAUCACGCUUGAAAUUAUACCAGCAACAGAAAGUCUCGAGCGCAGUUCGAAUGGCACUCGCUCGAAUGGUACCGUUCAAUGUACCACAUUUCCCCGGCGUUAAAGAGACGAAUCGGUUGACAUUGUUGGUCCAAAUAACGGUAACAACGUUACAUCGGUUACACGAAACAGGAUGAAGCCGGGUUUGCGUAACGCAUAACGAAGCGAUGAGAAAUCGAACAAGAUUCCCACCGGUAACCAAAUCCCGCAUGAAUAUAUCUCUGAACUCACUGUUAUGCUACCAUUUCUACUUCAGGCUACAAUGUUGCAAAUUAGGAAUAUUACACAACAAAUUUAUAAUAUAUUUCUUUUCAU